CCUCCAGGUGGCAGCAGUAACCUGUGGGACCUGGUGUCAGUGAUUAACGGCCAGGACGACUCGCUGCUCCCAGCCAGCUACAGCAAAGGAGUGAUGCACAUGAAGCACCUGCUCAAGUUUAAAACCUCUGAAGCUCAGGAGCUGACCAUCGUGAAGAUGUCCAAAUUCGGAGGAGGAAUCGGAGCGCCGAGCAAAGAGGAGCGGCUGAAGGAAGCCGCAGAUAUCCAUCUGAGGCUGGGACAGACCCAACGAUACUGUGAGCUGAUGGUGGAGCUGGGACAGUGGGAGAAAGCGUUGUCUGUGGCACCGGGAGUCUCCAUGAAGUACUGGAAGAAGCUCAUGCAGAGGAGAGCGGACCAGCUGAUGGCCGAGGAUAAUGACGACGCCAUCCCGUACUGCGUCGCCACGGGAGACAUCAAAAAACUGGUGACGUUCUUCAGUGGGAGAGGACAGCUGCUGGAGGCCUUACUGAUAGCACAGGGAGCGUGUGAGGGGAACAUACGUGCACCUCAAAGCUCUGCAGCCAACCACACGACUAAUGACGUGGACAACAGGCAGCAGUACCAGAGCCUCCUCCAUAAGGUUUGUAAGGACCUCGCUGAGUGGUACUUCCAGGACGGAUGCUCUGUGCUGGCGGCGUGCUGCCACCUGGCCGUGGACGACGUCGAGUUAGCCAUGUCCAGUCUGAUGCGAGGUAACGAGCUGGAGCUGGCCGCGUGUGUGGGCAUCGUCCUCGGAGAGGGGGCCAAUCAGAGCACGGCUUACUGCCUUCAGCUCCUUGCCAGGAAGUACAUGACCAAUCCGACAUGGGAGCUGUCAGCUGACCUGCUGCGAAUGAUUCCCGACAACCACGUCUUAUUGGCUAAACUCUGCGCGUUUUACCCGGGGACUGCGGCUGAAAUCAACCAGCUGCAUGAAAGGUGCGGCCUGCCUUCACUGGAGGAGUGUAAGGUGCUGGCAGAAGAAGCUGUGAAUGAAGGAGACUUGUUUUCAGCGGUUAAACUCCGCCUGCUGAGCCCCGAGCCUGAGGUCGCCCUGCAGAUCGGGAUAAACCACGUCAAAG